GGCCGAACAAUCGAUCCGCAACCAUGGCAAACAAAGCUCUCGUCCUUUUGGCAGUGCUCUUCUGCGCACAAGCCGUUCUCGGGGUGACCAUCAUCUCCAAGUCGGAGUGGGGAGGCCGUUCUGCCACGAGCAAGACCUCGUUGGCCAGCUACCUGAGCUACGCUGUGAUCCACCACACCGCUGGAAACUACUGCAGCACCAAGGCCGCCUGCAUAACCCAGCUGCAGAACAUCCAAGCCUACCACAUGGACUCCCUAGGCUGGGCAGAUAUCGGCUACAACUUCUUGAUCGGCGGAGACGGCAACGUGUACGAGGGACGCGGUUGGAAUGUCAUGGGUGCUCACGCCACCAACUGGAACUCCAAGUCCAUCGGCAUCUCCUUCCUGGGCAACUACAACACCAAUACCCUGACCUCUGCUCAGAUCACCGCCGCCAAGGGUCUGCUGUCCGACGCCGUAAGUCGCGGCCAAAUCGUUUCCGGAUACAUCCUGUACGGACAUCGCCAGGUUGGCUCCACCGAAUGCCCCGGCACCAAUAUUUGGAACGAGAUCCGCACUUGGUCCAACUGGAAGGCGUAAGAGCGCGAAGGAAAUGCAAUAAAAAAAUUCAAAUCAGUUUCAAUAAAAUCUUCGGAAUACAA